CCCCGGGACUCGCCCCGCGAUGUGUGUGCUCGGGACGUGGCGCCCCCGCCCGCGGAGGAUGGCGCCCCCUGCCGGCCGCAGCCUGCUGCUGCUGGGCGCGCUGGGCGCGCUGGGCGCGCUGGCGCUGCCCGCGGGGGCGCAGGCCAACAGCACCCUCAUCCUCAGCCGGGAAAACUCCCUCCGCAACUGCAGCUGCUCGGCCGACGUGCGGGACUGCGACUACAGCCUGGCCAACCUGCUGUGCAGCUGCCAUAGCGCGCUGCCGCUGGCGGCCGAGCGAGGCAGCUACUCUGGCCGCCUGACCAUCUGGUUCACGGACGCGGCGGCGCUGGGCGCGCUGCUCAACUUCACGCGCGUCGGGGACCUGAAGCUGGCGCUGUGCGGCCCGCGCGGGCUCCCCACGCGCUACCUGGCCGUGUGCGGCCUGCGACGGCUGCGCGUGGGCGCGCCCCGGCCUUCCCCCGAGCAGAGCUUGCUGCUAGCGCACGCCGCCCCUGGGACCUGGCCGGCCGCCUGCCUGUCCAUCUCCUUCCUGGACACGGCCCUGUUCAACCGGGACUCGGCCUUGAAGUCCUUCAGCGUGGAGAACGUGGCCGGCCCCGCCGACGGCUUUCCGCGCCUCUCCCUCCUGAACACGCUGGGUCCUGUGCCGGGCAACCAAAGCUACGUGAUCACCUUCAUCUACUGACCCGGCAACCCUGAGGCCCGUUGGGGGUUUUCGGGGUGUUAUUUGGGUUUGGGGGCCACACCCAGCGGUGCUCAUCCUGGCAGGAUGCUGGUGCUGGAACCCUGGUCGACUGUGUGCAAGGCAAGCACCCUAACUAUUGGACUAUCACUCUGGCCCUCCUGGCUCCAACUUGGGCCAAACUCUACAUCAUCUCCACGAAGAAGC